UAUUAAAUGGAUUCUAAUUUCUCUUAGCAAAUUGUAGAAAAAAUUGAUAGCAUCUAUUCAUAUAUUGUCUAAUCAGGAAAUAAAGAUUUGAUUUAAAAAACAGAACAAAAAAAAGAUGAAAUCUAUGCAGCUAUUCCAAAACCAUCAAGCAAAAUUCUAUCAAACAUGUAAAUUCAAGAUUAUAUCAAAUAAUAUUUAAAUAAUUUCAUAAAUUAUGUAAGCGUUUAAGGUAACCUUUAAUAAUAAGGAUGGUCUAAAUUUUUUAGAUAGUCAGAAAAAACAAAAAUCCUCAAUAUCUUUGUUCAGAAAUUCAAUAAAUUACCAAAAUACUUUAAAAGCUUAGAAAUGUAAGAUUUAUCAGUAAGUACUUUUAUUAAUGAUCAAGAUCUAGUUCAUAGUAAAGUCCCAUUUAAUUUUACAGCCAAUUCUCAUUUAUUAGAUUCCGAGAUAGAUUAUACAGUUUGUAUUACAUUAAUAUUUAAGGAUUUAUGUGAUGGGGAAGUAUUUUCCCACACUUUAAAUGUAUAGAAAUUAAUGAAAAAAAUUCCAAUAUUAAAAUAAUUUGAAUUUUUAAAGACUUUACAAAACUAUUUAUUAAUGACAGUUUAAUAAAACAGGUAGAUAUUUAGUUUAUAAUCUUUGGACUCUAUAGUACAUUUUUCACCAAAAAUAAAGGAUUAUUAAAAUAACAGCAGUCAAUAAAAUUUUUAUUUAAUUAAAGAUAUGGAAAUAAUCUUAUCUCCAACUUAUAGAAUUAAGGUUGUUGAUGUAUUUUCAACAGAAUCUAAUAAUUUGAAUCAAAAUUACAUAAAUAAAAAUGAAAAAUAUAAGUAUGAUGAUCAAUUAUUAAUAUAAAAUGCAAAAAAUUAUAUCAUAUUACAGCCUUUGGAAGACAAAAUUUAUCAUGAUCCAAUAACAAUUUAUGAUUUAAAGAAAUCAAUAAUAAUUAAUAAUUUUUUAAAAAUGCCAAAUGAAAUAUGUGCAUAAAUUUUAUUUGAUGGUAUAGGAUAUAUAUUUGAAGUAUUGAAAGAGAAAGAAAACUUUUAUACAAGUUUAUAAUAUAAAGGUUAAGUUGAUUCUAUGACAAAAAACAUGAAUUUUUGUAUUGUGAUAGGAAAUGAAUUAAGAAUUUAAAUAGAUUCUGAAGGUGGAUAAUUAUUUUUCGAUUAAACAGAAUAUUAAAGUAAUCUAUUUUUAUGA